AUGCCUACUGGAUUAGCUCGAUGGAGGGACAAAUUAUUUAUUACUGUGCCGCGGUGGAAAAGAGGUGUCCCCUCGUCCCUAAACUACGUUUACCUGAACGGCAGCCAGCAGCAAGAAUUGAAUCCUUAUCCAAGCUGGGGUGACGCGUUCGUAAGCGACGAUGCAUGCUGCGUCAGUACCAACAGUAGUGUGGUCUCCGCUUACAGAAUCCACGUGGACAAAUGUGACAGACUGUGGGUAGUCGAUAAUGGUGUCACCGACAUGUUCAAUAACGUUAAGCAGAUCACGCAGCCCGCCAUAUUGGUCUUUGAUUUGUAUAAAGACACGCUCAAAUACAAGCACGUGUUCAGCGACGACCUGCUGAGAGACUCGACAGUCUUCACUAGCAUCGUGGUGGAUAUAGUGGACGAGGAUUGUCGGAAUGCCUACGCGUAUAUAUCGGACAUGGGUUCUGGAGCACUUGUGGUGUACGACCUACGCAGUGACACGGCUUGGCGUCGCGAGAGCCCCCUUUUCAAGUACGAGGCGAACGCCAGCGUCUACCGCGUGGGCGGGAUCGAUUUCUUCUGGAAUGACGGGGUGUCCUCUGUUGCGCUCUCUCAAAAGAACAGCUGCGGCACGAAGCUGCUGAAAAUCUCCACGAGAUUGCUGAGAAACUCUGAUAUAGGGCCAGAGGAAUUCCAUAACGGGGUACAGAUCGUCGGCGACAGGGGUCCGAUGUCCCAAGCAACGGCCUGCGACUAUGAUCCCGGCACCAACGUUUUGUUCUACACGCAGUUGAGCAAGAACGGCGUCGGCUGUUGGAACCUAGACCGGGAGUUCUCUGAGCAAAACACCCCGCUGCUUCUGAGCGACUGUAGUCUGCUGGAGUUCCCCAACGACAUCAAGGUCAAAGACUACUUGGACACCUUUAUAUACAUCAACCGCAUUGAUACAUAUGUGAUAGAGCGAGAGGUGGACUCGGAGGGCGACGUGUGGCUGCUCAGCGACCGCCAGUCGCGCUUCCUGUACGGCCGCAUCGAGCCGUCGCGCGUCAACUUCCGCGUGCUGCGCGCGCCCGCCGCCCGCCUCGUGCGCGCCACGCGCUGCCAGCUCAACGCGCUCGAGAGGGCCGCCCGCAUGUUCAAGUCGAUCCCG